UAUCAAUUUUAGGAUCACCAUUAUAAAAUAGUGAAAUCAUUCCAUACAGACCCUUAUUAAGUUUAUAAUAUUAUGAGAUGUAAAAUACAUUUUCACUAUAAUCAGGCUUUCAGCAUCGGGUAUUUAGGGUUUCUUCUACCACGCCUAUCGUAGAAUUUCGUCUAAUGCUUCGUCUUCUCCGCCAAUUCCCCUUCUCGAUCGAGCUCAAACGGUCGUGCACGACAGAUCUGCGCCUCCUCCAAAAAAAUGUCGCUACGGCCCUAAACCCUUCGAUUUCAGACGUCAACGUCUCCUACCUCGUCGGAUCAUGCGGCCUCUCGCCGUGGGCGGCGCUCAAAGCCGCCAAGAAGUUCACCCUCAAAACCACCGGUAAUGCCGAUUCCUUCCUGUCCCUCCUUCGAUGUCAUGGCUUCACACAAAGCCAGAUCGCGUCUAUAGUCACCAGCUACCCCACGCUGCUCAACUUCAAUCCUGAGAAGAUUAUCAAGCCCAAGCUCGAGUUUUUUCUCAAUGCCGGCUUUUCAGCCACUGAUUUCACCAAGUUUAUCUCCAACGAUCCCCACAUUCUUAAUUUUAGUCUGGAAAAGAUGCUCAAGCCCAACUUUCAGAUGCUCAAGAGCAUCCUGGGCUCUGACAGGGAGGUCGACAUCGCCGUUAGGAACUGUUCCCGACUUCUCCGAAUUAGAUUAGACAAGGUUAUGCUGCCCAACAUGGAGACCCUACGGGAUAUUGGAGUUCCACCGCAUAAUAUUGUUAAAUUAGCCACCUUUCAUCCCAGAUCGAUGAUGAAAUGCCCUGCUCAAUUCAAUGAAUCAGUUAAUUUGCUUAAGAAAAUUGGCUUCGACACCUCUAAGCCUUUGUUUACUUUGGGAAUCAAUGCUCUUUCUGUGCUUUCUCCAUCUUCAUGGGCCAAAAAAUUGGAGUUUUACAGCAGCUUAGGAUGGUCUGAGAAAGAUACUUUGACAGCAUUCAAGAAGUACCCUUACUGCAUGGCUUAUUCAGAAGAGAAGAUCAAGCAAAAUAUGGCUUUCUUUGUUGAGAAACUAAAAUUUGAUCCCUCUUCUGUGGCAGAACGACCAGUUCUACUCUCUUUUAGCUUUGAGAAGAGAGUUUCCCCAAGGUAUAAGAUCUUCUGUAUGUUAUCAUCCAAAGGAUUGACAAAAAAGAAUAUGGAUUUCAGAACAUUUUUAAUGGUUCCUGAGAAGAAAUUCAUAAAUCAGUAUGUUACCAGGUAUGCAAACCAAGUACCAGAAAUGCUUAUUUUAUACAAGGAUAAGUUAGAAUUAUUGGAAUGUAAGGUAGAUCAUUGAGUACUGCAAUAAAAUUUUUCUAUGCUCUCCUUUCUUCCCUAUGUUUUGUAAGCUUCACCAUUGCAUCCGCUUGAAAUUCAGUCAUGGAGAAGACAUCUGAUUGCUACUGUGUUCA